GGUUCGUACUCCCCAAUGUGGUUAAUCACAUGGUGUCGACAGUAGGCAACGGUGCGACGCUAAAGGGAUUCCGGACUCCAUUUCGCGUUGCCCCGUUGCGUUGUUCUCGUGUACCGGGCCCGCCCUAGGUUCCAGGUUGUUUCCAGGCGCUUGAAUUCAGUUCUAUCUUGCUCUGCUUCGCCUCCCGUCCGAGCUUAACUGCCAAAAAAAGAAAACAAGGGGAAAGAAUCAGUGUCUUUUACCCAUCACUACCUACUCCAGACUUGUUAGUGGGGCCUGUGGCUCGCUAUCAUGGCAGCGAGUUAGCAACUGAGCGAGGCGUCUCCGCAGGUUCUUGCUCGAGUGACUAACCCCCAGGGCGCUGCCUUCAUGGCAAUACCAGGGGGUUCUGGGUUUCGUGGGUUCUACGCGGCCAGCAAACAGAGCCCGCAUGCCGUCACAAAGGGUGAUCGAUCCCGCCUUCCCUUCGGAUGACCGCCUCUCGUGGCCGAGAUGAACCCCAGCACUACCACGGCACAAACCAUUGCCAGCCAUGGCACGGUGCAGAAGGGGCAGGCGGGCUGGCGCUCUCUUUUCUCCCACACCCGUUUCUGAUGGCUGGCAGGGGCCCUAGAGUUGACUCUGCUUGCUCGCACUGUUGGAGAGCCGUUCGUCGUCGGGGAACAUGCAGGGUAGCUAAGGUAGACACGCGCAUGGCCGCUUGUUGCUUGCCUGCCCGAAAGUACCCCGGCCCGCCAGACAUCCAUACAGCUAACCCGAACCUCUUUGCUGCGUGCUGUGCUUCUCCCACAGUGUCUAACGGCCGGCCGUGGUUGCGUCCAUGUAUGUACCGGGACAGCCAGAGAUACAUCUGUCUACCCGGGACACCAAAGACCGCAUUAUCCCGCUCCCAAACAAAAAUACGCUCGGCGAUAUCCCACCACUAUGGACCAACAGCUUCAUCACCACCAGUCUCUGCCACAUUCGUGAGUGCCUUGGCCACUACCAACAGACAUCUCUGCGAGUCACAUCCAAAGAAGCACACCGAGUCCAUUGACUGGCCUCGGGAAGCCCCUCCCACGCAGAGGUUGGACUACGGAUACUACUCGCCCGGAUUCUUAGGCACACCAUCCUUCGCCAUCAAAGUCACCUCCAUUCAGGUCACUGCAUCUCAUCUUAUGUUUGAACGGCUAGCAGCAAACUUAUAUAAAGGGUGCCUUCGAACCUGUCCAAGUGUUUUGUCUUCAGCUUCAACUGCCUCAUCACAAUUCCCCAUCUACCCAGCUUCCUUCUGCCACAAAAGACUUUCAGACUUCAUCAACUCACUCCUCGCGCCAAAUUCCGCAAGCUACAAGCUUUCAACAGCCUCAAAAUGUGCCAAAUCUGGAUCAUCUCCUUCACGGACUGCCAUCACAGCAGUGAGCGUUAUGCAGAAUGUGCUCAGCAGAGAGCUUCGCCAACUCUCACCUGUCCCCUUGGCACCCCACGCGUUCUCUAUCACCAAGAAGAAGGUAGCUGCGGCUGCGGAGGACGCAGGACACGGAGACGCCAUCUUUGAGCUGUGUAUGUCUGGUCACGACAACACGACCAAACGUUGCCUUGUUAACAAUACUACGCAGAUCUCGUACUCUUUUCUGGACCUUGUUAGGGACUCAGGAUCACACAGAGGUUCCCUGGGGCAAGCGAAUAACUCGACUGAAUACCGCAAGCCCUGACAAACUACCUACCAGUCGUGUUUUCUUAGCCCUCAGUCUUCAUUUCACAAACAGCGCCUAAGGGGGCAAGGGGUUAUGGUAAAGGCCAUUGUAACUUGUUAUGGGGAGUCGGUCUGGCAUUGGUUUCUCCUUCUUGACUGGUCGAGGGAAGGAAUAAUCGGUUUCUGACUUGAUUACCCGGGGGUAGGAGGUGGUGGUUCUAUCUAUUAUCUUCUUCUUCUAAGUACCUAGCCUUUUCCAUACAUAGACGAUAAUACACACACAUGUUCGCCUAUAUCCCUGGUCUCUCUCCGACUGCCAAAUGGGCAGUGGCAGAUAUGUUCAAUGCUCAGCUACGCC